ACUGUACAACCACAUAAUGCAGGAACUAGGUCAUUUUUGUCCUUUCCCGGAAAAUAGGGUAAUUCUCAUUUUCCCGGAGAUCUUGGGAAAGAAAAACAAGAGAAUGAGGAGCGCAUCCAACUUUGUAGCUAAAAAUUAGAUUAAAAAGAAACCCUUUUGAAUAUUCACUAAUCCAUGUAGAAGAAAUCCAUUUUAAAAAAAAAAAAUCUCUCUAAAAGAAAAUACAUAGGGAGAUAUGUUGAAGUUGUGGAAAUGGUACCAGAAUUGCUUGGCUGUGCAUCCAGUCAAGACACAGAUGAUUAGCUCAGGAGUGAUUUGGGGUUUUGGUGAUAUAGCUGCACAGUCCAUAACUCACUAUACAGCCAAGAAAUAUCGUCAAAUUAAGGUAGAGGAGAAAGAAUUAAAGAUUAAUUGGAAACGAGUAACGACCACGAGCUUGUUUGGUUUUGCAUUUGUUGGACCUGUUGGCCACUUCUGGUAUGAAAGUUUAGACCGAUUUAUAAGGUCACGACUUUUACUGCGUCCAAAUUCCUUGCGGUUUGUUGGUGCUAAAGUAGCACUUGAUGGGAUUAUCUUUGGACCACUGGAUCUGCUUGUAUUUUUCUCGUACAUGGGUUUUGCAUCUGGAAAGAGUGUUCCUCAAAUCAAGGAAGAUUUGAAGAGGGACUUUGUACCAGCUCUUAUUUUGGAAGGAGGUAUAUGGCCAAUUGUUCAAGUUGGAAAUUUCCGAUUUGUACCAGUGAGGUAUCAACUUUUGUAUGUCAACUUCUUCUGCUUGUUGGAUAGCUGUUUUCUAUCGUGGCUUGAGCAGCAAGAGGAUGCUCCUUGGAAGCAACGGUUAAUAUCUCUUCUGUCUGGCAAGGAGAAAAAAGAUAAAGGUGGAUGAUUUCCUGUCUCAACUUAAUGUUUCAUUCCGGGCCACGGCAAUCAUAGUGCAUACACAGGUAAGAGAAUAAGGGUAAAAACUGGAAAAAAAACAAAAUCAAAGAAGGCUGAAUUGGCAACUUCUAUUUUUUAUGGGAGCAAUUUAGAAAAGUCAUAGGAUUACUCUUUUGCCUUGCUUCAAAAACAAUGAACUUUGUAUUGAUUGUUUUCUUUUUUUAAAAAAAUAAAGAUGUCAUCAAGUCUUUUUUGGUUA